AUGAAGACCGCCUCCAUCGUGUUCGCCGUCAUCGCGCUCAUUCUCGCCACCGUCCAGGCCCUCUCCAUCGGCACCAACGCUGAGCGCAUGGCUCGUGGCCUUCCCCCUCGCGCUCCUCGCAAGCUCUUCCGCGAGCCCUCGCCUACGACCCCGGCCAAGCGCGCGAAGCCGUCCUCCUCUCCGGGCUCGUGCUCUACUGGACCCGUCCAGUGCUGCCAGGAGGUCACUACCGCCGGCAACCCCGUCGCUGCGCUCAUCAUCGGUCUGCUUGGCCUCGUGCUCGACCCCAAGCUCGUCGUCGGUCUUACCUGCUCGGCCAUCGAUAUCGUGUCAAUUGGGGGCCACUCAUGCUCUGCCAACACUGUAUGCUGCGAGAACAAUUCCUUCGGUGGUCUCAUCUCGAUUGGCUGUGUGCCCAUCGUGCUCUAA